AUGGAUACGCUCCCGCCCAACCUUGAUCAGGUCCCCGCCCUUCCGCCGCCACCUGGCGAGACGUGGAACCUCGACAGUGGUCGCGCGCCCUCGCAGACGGCCAUCAUGGCGGUCGCUGGUAUCUUCCUACCUUUGAUGCUGCUGGCGGUUAUUACAAGGGUUUAUGUGCGCACGCGUAUCAUCAAGAUAUGGGGCAUUGAGGAUACAAUCUGCAUUCUUGCAGCCUGCGGUUCCAUCGCGAAUAUUGGAAUGUACCUCAAUGCUGUAUCUCUCGGCAUGGGGAAGCAUUCCUGGAACGUCCCCAUCACAGUCGUCAUGAGCGCCACGAAUCUACGAGUCCUCUCCCCAAACGUAACCUACCUCUUCGCCGUGUGUUUCGCCAAACUCUCCAUCCUCUUCCUCUACCGGCGCCUCUUCCCCGUCCACCGCGAGAAGAUCUUCAUCUGGAUCGGGAUAAUCAUGAACAUCGUCCUGUCGACCACCUUCAUGGCCCUGUCAAUCGCCAACCUCAUCGAAUGCAUCAAGUUUACAUCGGGCGUCACGGCCUUUUGCAGAUUCGUCCACGAGGAAAUGGUUCUCUGGGUCACGGCGUCGAAUGUCUUUACAGACUUUUAUAUUGCCAUCCUCCCGAUUCCGCGCGUGCUGAAUCUGCAAACGUCGAAGAGGCGGAAGUUUGGACUGUGUCUCACGUUUGCAAGUGGGCUUUGUGCCUGCGGCGCCAGCGUCGCCCGCCUCGUCCACACAUGCAGAAACCUGUACAACCCCGACGCAUUCUGGGCCUCAGCCGACCUUGCAAUCUACUCAAUAAUCGAAGUCAAUAUCGGCAUCAUCGUCGCGUGCGUCUGUACAUUCCCCGUCUUCUUCCGCACCCUCCGCGACUCGCCCUUGUCCAAGGCCUUCAGCUCCUCCGUGCGCUCGCUCCUCGGUUCCCCGCGCCGGGGCUCCAAGUCCGACGAGUCGGGAGGAAGUGUGCCGUUGAAUGAUAAACAGCGCCCGGCUGUUCUGGUCAACUCGAUUUCGUCGGGUGAGAGCAAUGGGCGCGAGAUGAGGAAGUUUGAUCCCCGCGGGUCGCUUAUUGGGGCUGAGGUUGGGUAUCGGGUUGAUGUUCAUCAGGAGGUUUGA